AUGGGCGACGAACGGUUCCUGGCCUGGAUGCAGCAGGGCUGCAGCAGCCAAGCUGGGGUUUCUAGCUUCUACCCAAAACUUUUGGCCAUCCGUGCACGCAGUGGCAAGUGCCGUCUCCCAGCUCGCUAUUGGCGAGAAGCCGACGCUUCGCUCUCCCGUCUCUUCCCUUCCCGAACCCGUGCUCCACACCAUCUCUCUCGGUGCCAAAUCGGCAUGCUCUCCCGCCAAAUUGCUUCCCCCGCGCCAGAUUGGUUGUUUGCGCGCCAAAUCGAACGAUUUAAGCCUCAAUUCCUCCCCAAUCGACCUCUCUCCCAAACCCUAGACACCACACCGACCGGCCGCCGCCGUUGCCUGUGCGAGAUGAGUAAGAAAUCCAAGAGAACCUCUGCGCCGGCACCUAUGGAGAUUCCCCGGCCGGUGGUUCAGCCUGUUGGAUCCCCGGGCACUCGGCCCGUUCAACCAGCAUCCAUCCCUUCCAUGUUCGGACCCGGCAUGUGGUGUCCGCCUCGCCCGCCGCAGUGUUUGCCUCCUUCAUCCGCACCAUACUGGUUCGGUGGCGGCAUACAGCAACCAGGCGUGGCAAGUUCGUCAGCUCAUCAACCAGGCAUGGCUGGUUCGUCAACUCAAGGGGCUUGGUGGACACCUGCUGUUUCUGGUAUUGGUGGCUCAAGGCAUUCUUGGCCUACGGCUGACAGUCAAGAAGACUCUGAUGUGCUAGUAUGGGGAUUAGAUUCUCACCCUCCUGGUGGUUUUGUUAAUAUGUUGAAGAGCACACCACAAGUUGCAAGCAAUAGGACUGCAUCACAGGCAAUCCAUAUUGACAGUGACAACAAUGAUGCUGAUCACAGUAGGUCUGAAAAGCGCUUGACAUGGACAAAAGAGGAGGAUCUUAAAUUGGUUAGUGCUUGGCUGAUGAAUUCAAAUGAUCCCAUCCAAGCCAAUUAUAAGAAGAAUGAUCAGUACUGGAAUGGUGUUGCUGAAGGUUUUAACAGAACCGUCCCAAAAAAUCGAGUCAGAUCAGCUAAGCAAGUAAAGGAUCAUUGGUGGAGAAUUAAGCUAAGGGUUGGUUGGUUUUGUGGUAACCGGAAGGAGGCUGAUUCUAUGUGGGGUAGUGGUGAAAUAGAAGAUGAUGUAAUGAAGAAGGCACUGGCAAGUUAUGAAGAAGAUCACAAAAAAGAUGGUCCAUUUGCGUAUAGGCAUUGUUGGGAAGUUCUUUCCAAGGAACCAAAAUGGGAAGCCUAUUUGGAACGCCUUAAAGAUCUAGAGCCAGAGAAGAGAAAGUUUAGUGUUGAUGAGAAAGUGGAGCAGCAGUUCUCUCUGGAUGAUGUUAGAGAUGAACGACCAAUGGGGGCAGGAAAGCUAAAGAGCUGCGCAAGAAAAAGAAAAAGACCAGCCUUCUAUAAUAGAUAUCGAAGAUGA